AUGUACACGACCGUAUCGCUUGACAUGGUGGAAUCGUUGACCAGCACACCGCCGGCGCGCCUGACAUCGCAUGGCGCCCACCACCGUGACAGCGACACCAGCCGACAAGCAUUGCGCCAGAGCUUUCCUCCCGAUCUACGCCGCCUGCCCCCUGUUGGUGGCACCCCUCCACCUCCGGCUGCCCUUGGCUCGCCUGAUCCAAAAAAUAGGGAUCGGUCCAGUCUUGGGCCCAUUCCAAGUCGAGCUCGGGGGCUUCCGCCUCUGGACCUCCGUGGCCGGCGCAGCCUCGACAGCGUGAGCCGUCAAACCUCCGUUUCCUACAGCGAUGGCAAUGCCGUGCCCAGCCCCUCGCCAAAGAGCUUUCAAAGUCCCGCUGCACACCGCCAUCGAAGGAACAGCCGCCGCUCGUCGCUUGAACCCCUCACCAACCACUCAGUUUAUCGACUUACCGGACAGCGCGUGUCCAACUGUCGCGUGAUCCGCGUCGGCGGUGGCUACCUCAUCCUCUCGAAUGAGAUGAAUGCACUGUACACCGACCGAGAGCUUCGAAAACGCUUGACUAAAAACUCGUUUGUACCCCGAGGACUCAACGUGGUUGAGGCUGCCGCCAAUGGCACGCUGCGGCUGGUGGAUGGCAGCACCCUGCUGCCGGAUGGCUCGCGCUUGUUUCGUGACGGCACGGUAGUUGCUCCUCCUGCCCCGGACGACAGCGACGAUCUCUUUGGUGUUCUUACCGCAGCUGAUGAGGUACCUCCAGACACUGAUCCCACCGACAGCUCGGAGCCUGAGCCUGAACCUCGAUCAACGGCAUCGGAACCGCCCAGUGUGGUACUCACCAUGCCCGUCCUAGGACCAGAGUCUACUUCGCCUGACGAGGACGGACCUGAUGCCUUAAACCUCGACACCACGGGUAGUGCCAUCACUGAUGAUACUGUUGCUUUUGCCCCCGUGCCCCCGUCGGCCACAAGCGAGCUUGAUGACUCGAGCCAUGUCGAAAGGUUUGGCUCGACAGGGCGUGGUCGCCGACAGCGUCGCCCUUUGGAAUGGCAGUUUGACCAGGAGGUCCGGGAGACGCUGGCGGAUGGCACUCGUGUGCUGGCCGAUGGUACCCACAUCACGCCAACGGGACGCAUGGUUUUGGCUGAUGGCACAGAGCUCUCUGAGGAAGAGUCGCGAGACCUGGCAUUGCGCCGAAAGCACGGUGUGCAUCGUAUCAAGCCCGCCACUUCUACUGAACCUUUGCCGGAAGAGGAAGACACCAGCGGUGCUAGUCAGGCAGGGAUAGAAUCAGACCAUGAUCCAAGCCAUGGUGCCACUGCUGCUCGCCGGCGACUCAGUGUGAUGCCUGAACAUGUGGCCAUGGAGGCAGAUGCAGACCCCAGCUUUGUGCAUCCAGAUGUGAUGGUGGCCCCCGUCACAGUUGCUGGCAUCGAUGGCAUUGACGCCAUUCAUGGCAUCGAUGCGCUUGACUAUCUUGCCAAGUACUGCAUUCUGCAACCAGGACAAGAAGCUGCAUAUCGAUCGGUUUUUGAGAGCCUUGCUGUGCGUGAGGACGACACCAUUGGAGUGCUGGAGCUCGAUCUGGGUCUCAAAACCAUCAACAGAGAACUGAUAACGGAUGGCGAAGUGACCUAUGUACAUACCGUGCUAGACCUGGGCAAGGGGCGCAGCAUUAACUUCCGCUACUUCUCGGUCAUUGCAGCGCUCUCUCAGCGGGUCGCCAGCCUCGAUCGAAUGGUCAAAGGUUUGAUUAACGCCCUGGAUGUAGAGGCGUUGGCGGUGAAGAUUGAAAAGUGCAAGGAGCUGUUUUAUUUGUUGGACGAGCGCCGGGCUGGCAGUGUGUCGCUCGACGACCUGAGCCAUGAGUUGCGUGCUGGCCGUAUCUCUGAGAUUCACGAACGUCUCGUGUUGGAUAAAUUUGGCGAGGGUGGACGCACGGAGGCAGAUUUUCUGGACUUUUUGGCAUAUAUCCCGCUGUUCCUUGAGAUUCAUGAUACGAUCAAUGACAACCCCUUUGACCUCAACCGUGAUAAGUAG